GAUUAUUAUGGAAAAUGAAGAAGAUUUAGCUAGUACUUUAUCACACGAUGAGUUGCUGGAAAUCACGCAGUCAUCUUUAGCUACGUUACUAAGUAAAGAUUCUUACUUGAAAGAUCUUCCGAAUGAUAUUAUUAUUGAAGAAAUUGUAUCACAGAUAGCUGUAGAACAUGGUCAAUCAAUCACAAUUUUUAUAUCAAGAGAGAGUGAGCCAACUUUAAAAGUUAUUAUUCCUCAAGAUGCAUCAGUAAGAGAUUUGAAGAAAGCAAUUCAGAGACAUUUUGAAUUGUAUCAGAAAAGAGCUGGAAUCAAAACAAAGAUUUCAUGGAAAUAUAUUUGGAAGACUUAUACCUUGAACUUUGAUAGCAUAGUUUUAGAUGAUAAUAAUGCGAACAUACAAGACUAUGGAGUAACAAACAAAGUGACAUUAAUAUUUAAAAAAAGAAAGAAACAAAAGAAGUUUGUCGUAUAAGCAUUUAUUUUAUUUUGACAUCAUUUUCCACCAAACUAGUGACAUAGUUAUAUUUUGUAUUUUCAGCAUCCCUUAUUCUUAAAUAUAGCAAUAAUAGCUAAAAAUCAUAUUGUCGAUUUGUUUUAAACUACAAAGACAAAACAUUGACUAUACUUUUUUGAUGAAUACAGACAACCUCUUCAAUCUGAGAUAGGUCAUAAACAUAAAAUCAUAAUUUCUUUGAAUAAUCUAAUGGAAGUUACAGUAACAACUUACGUUGACUAUUUUAAUGUUUAAACAGAAUUCAUAAUUGUACAUAAUGUAAAUAUGAGACAGUAAAAUAUUAUUUUUAAACUAAUAGGUAUUUAUUUCUUUCUUAAUUUUCACUUACAAAUAAACAUUUUGUAGUCUGAAAUGUCCAUAACACUUUUGAAUAUCCAUUAUUAUCUUUAUAUAUUACAUAUA